AUGUUAUCGAUUAAGCGACGCGCAUUACCUCUUGUACCGGCCUAUUCUAUUACAACUCAUAAAAGUCAGGGACAAACUUUAAACAAAGUUGUAAUUGAUUUAAAGUUACCAAAGGAUACAGAUGAUAUCGCUGCAGUCUAUGUUCCAUUGUCCAGAGUCAAACGUUCAAGUGAUUUAGUUAUUUUGCGACAUUUCGAUUACGAAGUCUUACUGAUUAAACCCAGUAAAUCUCAAGUCGCCGAAAUGCAAAGACUAGAUAAACUCUACAUCGAAGCACAGGUGCGUUUUUCAGAGUGGUUUUAA